AAACAUUUCGACAUAAGUCCCUGAAACUGAAAAUAUAUUUGUUUUGCUCAAUAGUCUCUCCUGAUUCUCUCCUAACUCAGAAAGCAAAAUUGAUUUGAAAACAAAAAAAUGAGCUACGAGAAAGUUCCACCGGAAUCGUAUCCUCCUCCAGGAUACCAAGCUCACUAUCCUCCUCCGGGCUAUCCAUCGGCGCCGCCGCAGCCGAGUUAUCCUCCGCCGCAUCACGAAGGAUAUCCUCCACCUCAGCCCCACGGUUAUCAACCGUACCCACCACCGUCUUCACGCCCUUACGAAGGCGGUUACCAAGGUUACUUCGCCGGAGCCGGAGGUUAUCCUCAUCAGGGACCGCCUCCUCCUCCUCCUCCGCAGCAUUACAAUCACUACCAGCACGAUCAUCACCAUUACCAGGAUAAUGACAAUGGUUGCUCCUCUUUUCUUCGCGGCUGUCUUGCUGCUCUCUGCUGUUGCUGUGUGUUGGAGGAAUGCUGCUUCUGACAAUGCCCUUCUAUGCGGAUCUCUUACUUAUUUUUAUUGUCAUUUAAAGUCACAUUAUAUGUCAAUCGAAGACAUGUACAAUAACUCGCUCUAUGUCUUAUGUACCGUCAUGUUUCAUUGUCUGUCAUUGUUGUACCUCUUUGUUUGAGAGUAGACUCAUGGAUUAGAAACAUAGCUAUCUUGUGUAUGUCCUCUGUAACUUUUAUGUAUCAAUUGAGAAAUGACAUGCUUGAUAUUUUCUCCA